GUGAAAUCGAAAGUAAAACUCAAGAGACAUCGUGACAGAAUCUGGUGUUCUGUCAAGAAGAUUUCGGACGUUUUAUCGGAGCUCAAACUGAUGGAAAAAAAAUACACUGCCUUUUAUCGAAAAGCCGCCUUCACCUCAGAGCCGCAGGCGACUUCCUCUGGUUCUCUGAUCUCUAUCAACAUGUCUGCUAUUGUUGGAUCCACAGAUCUGAUUGGUCCACAUAGCUGCUAAAAAAGAUGGAUUUCCCUCAAGAGGGAGAGGAUGCUGUUGGUGGAAAUCAGACAGGCAGAGCAGCAUGCACCGUGUCCAGCCACGUGUCCCUGAAGAAGGAGGAGCCCGUCACUGAUGGGCAUCAGGGGGUCAGCACUGGAAGAGUGCUGUCUUAUAUACCACAGACACACAGACCAGUGUCUCCAGUGCCCAGCUGUGUGUCCAUGAAGAGUGACUGGUCCAUGGGACGCCCUGUUAAUUUCAGUAGUGGACCACCACAGUCUGAUCAAAGAUCACAGUCACACAGACCAGUGUCUCCAGUGCCCAGCUGUGUGUCCAUGAAGAGUGACUGGUCCAUGGGACGCCCUGUUAAUUUCAGUAGUGGACCACCACAGUCUGAUCAAAGACCACAGUCACACAGACCAGUGUCUCCAGUGCCCAGCUGUGUGUCCAUGAAGAGUGACUGGUCCAUGGGACACCCUGUUAAUUUCAGUAGUGGACCACCACAGUCUGAUCAAAGACCACAGACACACAGACCAGUGUCCAUGAAGAGUGACUGGUCCAUGGGACAUCCUCCCGAGUUCAGUAUUGGACAAACUCGACCUCAUCCUAAACCACAGACACACAGAUCAGUGUCUCCAGUGCCCAGCUGUGUGUCCAUGAAGAGUGACUGGUCCAUGGGACACCCUCCCGAGUUCAGUAAUGGACCACCGCUGUCUCAUCCAUAUACAAGAGGAGACAGACCACAGACACACAGACCAGUGUCUCCAGUGCCCAGCGGUGUGUCCAUGAAGAGUGACUGGUCCAUGGGACAUCCUCCCGAGUUCAGUAUUGGACAAACACGACCUCAUCCUAAACCACAGACACACAGAUCAGUGUCUCCAGUGCCCAGCUAUGUGUCCAUGAAGAGUGACUGGUCCAUGGGACACCCUCCCGAGUUCAGCAAUGGACCACCGCAGCCUCAUCCAUAUACAAGAGUAGACAGACCACAGACACACAGAUCAGUGUCUCCAGUGCCCAGCGGUGUGUCCAUGAAGAGUGACUGGUCCAUGGGACAUCCUCCCGAGUUCAGUAAUGGACAAACACGACCUCAUCCUAAGAACAUCCUGACCCAGGAUCAGUCCAAGUGUGGAGUGUGUGAGCAGCUACUGAGGGACCCAGUCAUCACCAGCUGUGGACACAGUUUCUGCAGGCAGUGCAUCAGCACCUACUGGAGCCAGUCUGGUCCAUCAGGAGACUACAGCUGCCCACAGUGCAGAAAGAGACCCAGAACACAACCCAUUAUAAACCCUGACACAGCCAUGGGACAACCUUACCUAUACCUAUCUACAGCCAUGGCACAGCCCCACCUACACCCAUCUACAGCCAUGGCACAACCUCACCUCUACCCACCUUCAACCAUGGCACAACCUCACCUAUACCCAUCUACAACCAUGGCACAACCUCACCUGUACCCAUCUACAGCCAUGGCACAACCUCACCUAUACCCACCUACAGCCAUGGCACAACCUCACCUAUACCCACCUACAGCCAUGGCACAACCUCACCUAUACCCAUCUGCAGCCAUGGCACAACCUCACCUAUACCCAUCUACAACCAUGGCACAACCUUCGUCAUACCAACACAGUGAAAUGGCGCUUCAUCUGAACCCAUAUACAGACAUGGCACAAGUUCCUCCUUACCCACACACAGACACGGAGCAGCGUCCUCAGUACUCAAACUCAGCCAUGGGGCAGCAUAAUCAUUAUCCAGACAUCCAGCCCCCUCUUUAUCCACACAUCCACACGGCACAGAUCUCUCCACAGCCUCCCUUAGACGAGCACACAGUCAUGACAGGCAGCAGCACCCUACUGCAAACUGAGCAUGCUCCAGUCAAAAGGGCCAAACUAACAGAUGACGAUGUCCUGACCAGAGUACUGAUGACCCAUAAAGCCAGCAUGAAGAGGAGGUUUGAGAGCAUAUGUGAAGGCAUCAUAAGGUCAGGGACUCAAACACUUCUGAACAAGAUCUACACAGAACUCUACAUCACAGAGGGAGAGAGUGAAGGGGUGAAUAAUGAGCAUGAAGUUUGGCAGGUCGAGUCAGCAUCCAGGUCACAAACUACAGAGGACACAGCAAUCAACUGCAAUGAUAUCUUCAAGCCCUUACCUGGACAGGAGAGACACAUCAGAACUGUCAUGACCAAGGGGAUUGCUGGCAUUGGAAAAACUGUCUCAGUGCAGAAGUUCAUCCUUGACUGGGCAGAGGAGAGAGCUAACCAGGAUGUAGAUUUCAUGUUUGUUCUUCCGUUCCGUGAGCUGAAUUUGGUCAAACAUGAUCAGUACAGUCUUCACAGGCUCCUGCUUGAAUUCCACCCUGAGCUUAGAGAGCUACAGGAUGGUGAAUACAAAGACUGCCACGUUGUGUUUGUCUUUGAUGGUCUGGAUGAGAGUCGACUUCCACUGAAUUUCCAAAAGAAUCAGAAGAUGUCUGAUGUGACACAAACAUCAUCAGUGGAUGUGCUGAUGACGAGCCUCAUUCAGCGAACUCUUCUCUCCUCUGCUCUCAUCUGGAUAACUUCCCGACCAGCAGCAACCAGUCAGAUCCCUUCUCAGUGCAUCAGUCAGGUGACGGAAGUACGAGGGUUCAAUGACCCGCAGAAGGAAGAGUACUUCAGGAAGAGGAUCAGUGACCAGAAUCAAGCCAACAGAAUCAUCUCACAUAUUACGGCAACCAGGAGUCUCCACAUCAUGUGCCAUAUGCCAGUGUUCUGUUGGAUCUCAGCCACUGUCCUUCAGCAGAUGCUGGAACAGGAUGAUGGGAAGGAAGCCCCCAAAACACUGACUGAAAUGUUCAUACACUUUCUGCUCAUCCAGACCACCAGGAAGAACCAGAAGUAUCAAGAGGAAAGUGAGACAAAUAGACAGAGGCUCCUGGAAUCACACAAGGGUGUCAUAUUGAAACUGGCAGAGCUGGCUUUCAAGCAUCUGGAGAAUGGCAAUCUCAUGUUCUAUGAGGAAGACCUGAGAGAGUGUGGCAUUGAUGUCAGUGAAGCUUCAGUGUACUCUGGCAUGUGCACUGAGAUCUUCAGGGAGGAAUGUGUGUUUUUCCACAAGAAGGUCUACUGCUUUGUCCAUCUGAGCAUCCAAGAGUUUCUUGCUGCACUUCAUUUGUUUGCGUCCUUCUUGAGUAAGAACAUGAAGGUCCUGAAACCAUUUAUUAGAAGAAAGUCCAGGUCUUUGCCAGAUUGGCCUCUCGAUGAGCUGCUGAAGAAUGCCGUGAACAAAGCUUUGGAAAGCAAGAAUGGACACCUUGAUUUGUUUGUUCGUUUUCUUCAUGGCAUUUCUCUUGUGUCAAAUCAGAGACUUUUGCUUGGCCUCCUGGCACACACACACAGCAGCCCAGAGAGUGUGAAGAAAACGAUCAAGAACCUGAAGGUGAUGCAGAGACCAAAUAUCUCCCCCGAGAGGUGCAUCAAUCUGUUCCACUGCCUGGUGGAAAUGCACGACUCUUCUGUCCAUGAUGAAAUCCAGGCUUUCCUGAAGGCAGAGAAAGGUGCCGUGAAACAGCUCACACUGGCUCACUGCUCAGCCUUGGCUCAUGUGCUUCUGAUGUCUGAUGAGGUGCUGGAUGAGUUUGACCUGAGCAAAUACAAAACCUCUCCAGAAGGUCGCAGGAGACUGGUUCCAGCCGUGAGAUGCUGCAGAAAGGCUCUGCUCAAUCUGUGUCACCUCUCUAAAGCAAGCUGUGAAAUGAUGGCAUCUGUGCUGCAAAGUGCACCUUCCCAUCUGAGAGAACUGGACAUGAGUGGCAAUGACCUGCAGGAUGAAGGAGUGGAGCUGCUCUGUGCAGGACUAAGAGAUCCACAAUGCAAGCUGGAGACACUGAGGCUAAAUCAGUGUCACCUCUCUAAAGCAAGCUGUGAAAUGAUGGCAUCAGUGCUGCAGAGGACACCUUCCCACCUGAGAGAACUGGACAUGAGUGACAAUGACCUGCAGGAUGAAGGAGUGAAGCUGCUCUGUGUGGGACUUAGUAAACCGCAAUGCAAGCUGGAGACACUGAGACUUGCUGGUUGUAAGCUAACAGAGGAAUCCUGUAAGGCUGUAGCCUCUGCUUUGCAGUCCUCCAUCUCCCUAAAGGAGCUGGACCUGAGUCACAAUGACCUGAAGGAGUCUGGAGUUCAGCUUCUCUCUACAGGACUCAGUAGCCCUCACUGUAAACUGACAACAUUAAGGCUAAAUCAGUGUCACCUCUCUAAAGCAAGCUGUGAAAUGAUGGCAUCAGUGCUGCAGAGGACACCUUCCCAUCUGAGAGAGCUGGACAUGAGUGACAAUGACCUGCCGGAUGAAGGAGUGGAGCUGCUCUGUGCAGGACUAAGAGAUCCACAAUGCAAGCUGGAGACACUGAGGCUGAAUCACUGCAAGCUCUCCCAAACAAACUGUCAAACCAUGGCAUCAGUGCUGCAAGGAACACCUUCCCAUCUGAGAGAACUGGACAUGAGUGACAAUGACCUGCAGGAUGAAGGAGUGAAGCUGCUCUGUGCAGGAUUAAGAAAACCGCAGUGCAAGCUGGAGACACUGAGGCUGAAUCAGUGUCACCUCUCUAAAGCAAGCUGUGAAAUGAUGGCAUCAGUGCUGCAGAGGACACCUUCCCAUCUGAGAGAGCUGGACAUGAGUGGCAUUGACCUGCAGGAUGAAGGAGUGAAUCUGCUCUUUGCAGGACUAAGAGAUCCACAAUGCAAGCUGGAGACACUGAGACUUGCUGGUUGUAAGCUAACAGAGGAAUCCUGUAAGGCUGUAGCCUCUGCUUUGCAAUCCUCCAUCUCCCUAAAGGAACUGGACCUGAGUCACAAUGACUUGAAGGAGUCUGGAGUUCAGCUUCUCUCUACAGGACUCAGUAGCCCUCACUGUAAACUGCAGACUUUAAGGCUCAAUUUGUGCCACCUCUCUAAAGCAAGCUGUGAAAUGAUGGCAUCCGUGCUGCAAAGUGCACCUUCCCAUCUGAGAGAACUGGACAUGAGUGACAAUGACCUGCAGGAUGAAGGAGUGGAGCUGUUCUGUGCAGGACUAAGAGAUCCACAAUGCAAGCUGGAGACACUGAGACUGUCUCUUUGUCUCAUCACACAUGAGGGUUGUUCUCUCUUGUCCUCUGCCCUCAAAUCAAACCCCUCCUACCUGAAACAGCUGGAUCUGAGCUACAACCACCCAGGAGACCCAGGUGUCAGAGAGCUCACAGACAGACUGAAUGAUCCCAGCUGUAAACUAGAGACGUUGAGGUGAGAUGUAUUGCAUCUUAGAUGACUUUCUAGUGGAGCUGUUCAUCCAUUUGUGUCCUGUGUUGGAGAGCUUUCUGUGUGGAGACUGGAUAUGAUGAUUCCCUUCCACAUGAUGUGGUAUGUGGCCCUUUAAGUACUGCAAGUAAAAGGCAAUCCCCCAGACUUACACACACUUACAGUAUAAGGCUUGUGAACAGUUUGCACUUGUAAAGCUGUAAAGCUUUAGAAUUCAUAACACAAGAUGGGCAACCAUGUCUGCCCAGGCUACAGAAGAUGAUUAGGCACAGCUUGCACAGUAACCCACUGAUGGGUGAAGGAGAACCAAGCUUUGAACAAUUAGUAGGUAAAUAAAUUGAUUCAUAAAUCAUUUAGAUACAUUAUAAUGUCCACAACACAGGGGGCAAUAAAGACCACUUGCAUGCUGUAAGGAAAAGCACAUUCAUAUUUGCAUGUGUUCAACUCCCAAUGACGAAGCUCAUGAUGCAUUUGCAGAGGGGAUAAGGCCCAGCAUGAGACGUUUGUCUGUUAGUGAAGGGGCUGAUGCUGUUUCACUAGUUCACCCAUUGGAUUGCUUAGACUGAGUGCAGAGAAUAGAGAGUUUGGUUUGAUAGCCGGCCAUGGUCCUGGGAUGCCAAUAGCAGAAUCAUAUGCAAGUGAUUUCUGCUAACACCCCCUAUAUGGAUGCGAUAUAAUUCAGAGUUUAGAGUUAAUAGUGAAAUGGAGCAGGGGGGGAUGGGAGGCUUUACAACUCCAGCAUGACGUAAAGGGCAGUAAAGAGGGUGUUAUCCUCUACUAACGGAAAUGGGGUGAGUGAUGGCUGUAAAUCAACCCUAUGGUCUCCUCCCGAAUUUAUUAGAUUAGAAGCAUCAUUUCACUAGUUCGCCUAUUGGAUUGGUUAGACUGAGUGCAGAGAAUAGCGAGUUUAGCUUGGUACUGUAGCUGGCCAUGGUCCUGGGAUGCCAAUAGUGGAGAUCACAUGUGAGUGAUGUCAGCUAACACCCCAAGAGCGCUUUCAUCAGAGGCCACUACCAGAGGGGAAGUGAACAGGAAUUCGAGACUGAUCUUGCAUUCAACUAAUCCUUGAGGGGUGUAGAUUAGUAGGUGUCCAAGGACCAAUGACCAAGCAUACGAUUUCCAUUACUAGGGAUACGUUGGUAACACUUUACAUUACAGCUCGCUAAUAAGGUGGAAAUUGUAGGGUAAUUUCUAUGUAAUUUCAUGGUAACAAUCCCUUGUUACCACUUGUUACCACUUAUUACCAGUAAUUUUUAUGUAGUUUCUAGUGCAAUUACUCUGCUGUUUCUAGGUAACAGCAAUGCAAACAGCAUUAAUUAAGGUGGUAAUUUCUAUGGUAUUUUGAUAUCAUUUUAUGAAUAAUCCUUUGUAGCCACUUAUUACAAGUUAUUUCCAUGCAGUUUCCGGUGCAAUAACUCUGCAGUUUUUAAUAGCGAUGCAAACAGCUUUCAUUUUAAGUAUAAUAAAAUGGUAAUUAUUUGAAACUUUACUUAUUGUUUUUGUUUAAUUACAUGACAAAUAAAGGAGGUAAUUUCCAGGAAAAUACACAGCAUCAGGGCCGUAAAAUACAUUAUCACUUAUUUCCACCCAAUUACUUAGUUAUUAGCCUACUAAGAAAGAGACAAACCAAGUCAUUGUCGUAGUAAGCUGGUAAAAGAAGACAUUAUGUGCCUGUAACUAAAAGUGAAGUAAUUCUAUGGAAACUAUAUGGUAUCAGAGCUGUAAAAUGCACUAUUGGGUCAUUCCGUGUCAAAUCAGACAAAAUCCAGGAAAAUGGUUGCAGCACCGACUCGGAUUUUCUUCAAAGUUUGUCUACACAAUGUUUAGGUUCCAUAACUAAAAUCUGUAAAAUAUUUUUGCUCAAUUCUAUUGUUUUCAUUGUCUUUUUGCCCUUGCCUUUUUACACUCUCUAAAUGACCUUAUCUUGGAGGCCAUGUUAAGGUACUCAUAUCUUAAAAAGUAUCAUUCCUAGCCUGACUAAACUUUAUAGAAUGGAAGACAAGCAUGUUCUCAGUAAGAUUCAAUGAUUAAAUGUUUGUACCAGAGUCUCAUUGGUUGUACAGAAGUCCCUAGUUUCUGAAAAAACAUGCAAAAAAAGUGAUAUUGAGGGUCUCAAAACUUUUUUAUUGGGACACACCUGCCAUCAAUGAGUCUUUUCUAUAGAAAUAUAAUCCUUUGUUAAUGUUGUCCCAAAAUGUGAAGUC